AUGUCCGCCGAUCUCAAUUCCCGACCCAUCUUGUCCAAAAUCAAAUCGGGAUCACUCUUCGGACUGGCACUCAAGCUCGUCUACCUCUCCAUCUUCGUCUUCUACGACCGCCACAACAAGAGCUGCAAGAAGUUCCUCCUGGACUCCUCGACAAGGUGGUGUUCUUCCGCGUCAUCGUCGUCGUCGCCCUCGUCGGCUUCCACAGCCAACACUCCCACAACACCAUCGUCAACGUCGCUGUGGUAUUCAACACCAUUAUGUACGCCUCCCCGCUCCCCGUCAUGGCCAAGGUGUACAAGACUAAGAGCGUGGAGUUCAUGCCACUCUGGCUCUCCGCGGCCAACUUCGCCAACGAUAGCAUCUGGACGGCCUACGUAUGCUCUCAUUCAAGGGAUCGACUAA